CUGUGAUGCUUCCAACAGCUGUGACACUUUGCCCCCUCUGGGGAUUGUGGAGGUGGGCACGUGGCCCUCCCCUGUAUUCUCCUGACACUUGUGAGAGCGCCAGUUACGCUGCACCGCUGCCAGCACUAAACAAACUUCUGAACACAUGCCCUUCUCGAUGAACCCACAGUGAUCUCUUUGUUUUGCCUUCUCCCAGCUCAUGCAUUCUUCGAGUCUUGGUAACCGGAAUGUUUUGUCUGGGCUCCAAACGUUCAGUGGGACAGGAACCAAAGUUAAGUACCUUAUGACACAUCCAGACGAACCUGAGAAAAUUGUGAGCUGUUGACUGCACUUCCUCUCUGAAUCAGCUGGUACUUCUUUUUGUCUCUAGUUUUAAAAGCUCCCCAGAGGGGACUUCCCUGGUGGCACAGUGGUUAAGAAUCCACCUGCCAAUGCAGGGGACACAGGUUCGAUCCCUGGUCUGGGAAGAUCCCACAUGCAGUGGAGCAACUAAGCCCGUGCGCCACAACUACUGAGCCUGCGCUCUGGAGCCCACGAGCCACAAGUACUGAAGCCCUGCGCACCUAGAGCCCGUGCUCCGCAACAAGAGAAGCCACCGCAAUGAGAAGCCUGCGCACCGCAACGAAGAGUAGCCCCCGCUCGCACAACUAGAGAAAGCCCAGGUGCAGCAACAAAGACCCAAACACAGCCAAAAAUUAAUUAAUUAAUUAAUUAAUUAAUUAAAAAAAAAAAAAAGCUCCCCAGAGGCGACCUGAAAUCCAGAAUCUCAGAAUAGGAUGGAGGAAAUUAUUCUGAAGUUCUCAUUAAACACAUUUAUCUCUCAAGCUUUGGAAGGAGCCAAAAUGCCAAAGGCAAGAAUUCCUGAGCACUGCCUACACUGUUUUGAUAUCCUGAUAAAUGUCUAACAAAUCCAGCAUGUGCCCUCUAGGCCUGACCAGUUGCUGGGCAAAGUUCCAGAACAGUGAGACAUCUUGGGAUUCAUCUGGUUUAGGAAAGACCUUUAACUACCAGGUGGUAGUCACCUCAGUGUUCUUUAAAUAGUCAAGUUUGGGGCUUCCCUGGUGGCGCAGUGGUUGAGAAUCUGCCUGCCAAUGCAGGGGACGUGGGUACGAGCCCUGGUCUGGGAAGAUCCCACCUGCCGCGGAGCAACUAGGCCCAUGAGCCACAACUACUGAGCCUGCGCGUCUGGAGCCUGUGCCCGCAACAAGAGAGGCCGCGAUAGUGAAAGGCCCGUGCACCGCGAUGAAGAGUGGCCCCCGCUUGCCGCAACUAGAGAAAGCCCUCGCACGAAACGAAGACCCAACACAGCCAAAAAUAAAUAAAUAAAUAAAUAAAUAAAUAAAUAAAUAAUCCUUCCCUCUACUUAAAAAAAGAAAAAAAAAAAAAGUCAAGUUUGGAGGUCUCUUCACUGGGGUCUGUUCUGGUGGCUGCCUCCCACUAGCGUGAAACAGAAGGAUGACCUUAUUCUGUGAGAGGACAACUGUGAAGGAAGGAGCUGCGUGUGUGAAAGUCUGUGGGAAGAGAGAGCCACCUACACUGUCCCCACCAAACCAGUCAGUGGAAGGCCUUCUGCAGGGAGCUCCCAACAGAUCCCUGAAUGCCACAGAAACUCCAGGGGCUUGGGAUCCAGGGACCCUCCAAGCCCUCAAGAUUUCUCUUGCUGUGGUCCUUUCCAUCAUCACACUGGCCACAGUCCUUUCCACCAUCUUAACCAUGCUUACCACCAUCUUCCUGACCAGGAAGCUCCACACCCCGGCCAACUAUCUCAUUGGCUCCCUGGCCAUGACUGACCUCUUAGUUUCCAUCUUGGUCAUGCCCAUCAGCAUUGCAUAUACCACCACCCACACCUGGAGCUUUGGCCAACUCCUGUGUGACAUCUGGCUGUCUUCUGACAUCACGUGCUGCACAGCCUCCAUCCUGCAUCUCUGUGUCAUUGCUCUGGACAGGUACUGGGCCAUCACUGAUGCCCUGGAGUAUAGUAAACGCCGGACAACAGGCCAUGCGGCCGCCAUGAUUGCCAUCGUCUGGGCAAUCUCCAUCUGCGUCUCCAUCCCACCACUUUGGCGGCAGGCCAAAGCUCAUGAAGAGAUGUCGGACUGCCUGGUGAACACGUCUCAGAUCUCCUACACCAUCUAUUCCACCUGUGGGGCCUUCUACAUCCCGUCUGUGUUGCUCGUCAUCCUCUAUGGCCGGAUCUACACGGCCGGCCGGAACCGCAUCCUGAAUCCGCCAUCCCUCUACGGAAAGCGCUUUACCACAGCCCGUCUCAUCACAGGCUCUGCGGGGUCCUCGCUCUGCUCGCUCAAUCCCAGCCUUCACGAGGGGCACUCUCAUUCCGCCGGUUCCCCUCUCUUUUUUAACCAUGUGAAGAUCAAGCUUGCGGAUAGUGUCCUGGAGCGCAAGAGGAUUUCUGCUGCCCGAGAGAGGAAAGCCACUAAAACCCUAGGGAUCAUUCUGGGGGCCUUUAUCAUCUGCUGACUGCCCUUCUUUGUUGCAUCUCUGGUCCUCCCCAUCUGCCAGGACUCGUGCUGGAUCCACCCGGCGGCCCUUUUUGACUUUUUCACCUGGCUAGGCUAUCUAAACUCCCUCAUCAAUCCAAUAAUCUAUACUGUGUUUAACGAAGAGUUUCGGCAAGCAUUUCAGAAAGUCAUCCAUUUCAGGAAAGCCUCUUAGUCUUGUUUGGUGGUGACUCUUGUUAUCUUUUAUGUCCUGUAACCCAACUGGAAUUGUCUUUUUUAUUUUUCCUGAGAGUUGGGUUAGUCCUGAUAUCUUGGGUUUUGGUUUAAUCAAUAGAAUU